GACGACAGGGGACAGAAUCAGUUCUUAGGCCCUCCUUGCUCUGAGUUGUACCUGCACGAUGCUGCUGACUGUUGUUGUGUCCGCCGUCUUGGCCCUGUCUGUCCCAGGGGCGCAGGCACAAGUCUACGGGUGGGGAGGGUGCCCAAAUGUUCCUGUAGCAGAGAACUUUGAUGUAGAGCGGUGGCUGGGCACGUGGGUCGAGAUCGCGCGAUUCCCCAGUAGUGUGGAGGAGGACGUGGACUGUGGAACAGACACUUACACCACGCAACAGGACGGCAAGAUCAAGUUCCAGUAUGAGGGCAUCAGAUACGGACAGGCGAUAAACCAUGUCGACCCGCUGUACGCCGUGUUCAAUCCUGAGGAGCCCGCCAAAUUCUCCGUGCCUUACUUCAGUAUCAGUUUCCUACCUGAGAUGCCCUACUGGAUUCUAGAGAUAGAUCACGACCCCGAGACAGGAUACUUCGUGGGCUACACUUGCAUGGACGCGUGGGUUGGAAACAUGCAGAUUCUCUGGAUCUUCAGCAAAGAGCGCGAGAUGGACCAGGAGAGACUGAAUGGCAUUCUGGGAAGGCUGGAAGGAUACGGUGUUGACGUCACCCAGCUUGAGUACGUCAGACAGGACGACACGUGCCCAGCACUGCCCUGAGAACGGGACGUCGACUUUCAAUGACAUUUUUUUUCUGCUUUGUAAAUUAAAAUUCAGUUUCACGAAAAAAAAUGCAUAGCUAGAGCAAACGUUGCGUCUGCAUUCGAAGAUACUACGCGAUGAUUAUAUAUAUAUAGUUUACAAAAAUUUUACAAAAGAAAUCUGUGUUUGAGUAAAAACAAAUAAAUAUAUAUUUCACAC